AUGUUCUUACUCCAAAGUUCAUUUAAAUAUGAAAGCUUAGUUAUAAGAAAAUGUAAAAAAGAUCAAUUAAAAGUUAAACCAAAAAAUAUGGCUGAAACUAAAUUUGGUGCUUUAUUUUCUGAUCAUAUGGUUAAUUGUGAUUGGGAAACAAAUAUUGGUUGGAAAAAUCCUGAAAUUAUUCCUAUGCAACCAUUUAAAAUUCAUCCUGCAUCAAAGGUUCUCCAUUAUGCUUCAGAAUUAUUUGAAGGAAUGAAAGCUUAUCGUGGUGUUGAUAACAAAAUUAGACUUUUUAGAGCAGAUAUGAAUAUGCAAAGAAUGUUAAGGACUGCUGAAAGGUGUGCCUUACCGACUUUUGAUCCUGAAGAAGCAAUAAAAAUUAUUUCUGAACAAAUUAAAAUUGAUGAGUCAUGGGUUCCAUAUUCUGAUGUUGCUUCACUUUACAUCCGUCCAACAUUAAUUGGAACAGAGGGUACAUUGGGUGUCUCUGAUUCUAAUUCUGCAAAAUUUUUUGUUCUCACUGGACCAGCUGGGGCUUAUUUUGCUACAGGUUUUAAACCUGUAACAUUACUUGCUGACUCCAGAUAUGUUCGUGCUUUCCCAGGAGGUGUUGGGCAAUUUAAAAUGGGUUGUAAUUAUGCUCCAACUUUACUUAUAGGUAAAGAAGCAGCUAAAAAAGGAUGUCAACAGGUUUUAUGGCUUUCUGGUGAUAAUGAAGAAGUCACUGAGGCAGGUACAAUGAAUUUCUUUGUUUAUUGGAAAAAUGAGGAAGGACAAGAUGAACUUAUAACUUCUUCACUUGAUAAAGGUCUUAUUCUUCCUGGAGUUACAAGACAAUCAUUAAUUGACUUAGCUAAAAAUUUUAGCUCAAUUAAAGUUACAGAAAGAAAUUUUACAAUGAAUGAAUUAAUUAAAGCAAUCAAAGAAAAAAGGAUAUACCAAGCUUUUGGAUCAGGAACAGCAGCUGUUGUAUGUCCUGUUGGUAAAAUAUUAUAUCAUAAUAGAGAAACAAGUAAUUAUGAGGAACUUACUAUACCAACAAUGGAGACAAGUGAUAAUUUAAUGGAAGUUUUAUACAAAAAUAUUGUUGAUAUUCAGUAUGGUAGAGUUGAACAUCCAGGAUGGACAAGAGUUGUAUGUUGA